CAGGGCACACGACAGAUGUGAGCCGUGGCGGGCCGUGACUGCCCUCACUGCAGACCCCAACCGAGGCCCGGCGAGGAGUGACCACGGAAAAGGAGUUGAGGGGGAGGGAGGUGGUGUGGGAGGAUCUGGCGGAGGAGAAUCGUCCACAAGAUCCGCUGGUCGGCUGGACCUAAAGCUGCUUGUUGUCGGCAGUGGUGUUACACAGUGAAGGGGAAAGCAUGCAAGACGGUGCUUGUGAGCAUGCCGUUCCCCUCUCUCAGAUGCUGAAGGAGGCUUACUCAUCUGGACAAGUCCCGCUGGACACUUACUGCGACAGCAUGAUGUCGGAGUCUUCGUCGCACGACAUGUACUUUGACUCUCUCUCAGACUUGCACGAGGAUGGCCUGGCCGGCAGCCCUGUCCUGGAUCUCUCGGCUUUUCUCAACCAGGAGGAGAUGAGCAAGAGCCUGGACCUGGCCCGGGUGGCCAUUGCUGAGAACACAUCAGAAGAUGCCGAGGAGCCGGAGCUGGAGGACAUCUCCCCCUACCUCCGCCUCCGCCCUCCCAUCGGGUUGCCGGCGCGUCCGAGCGGCCUCUCCUCCCCUGGGAUCAUCGGACGGCCAGAGCCCUCCAGCAAGAAUGCCGAGGUGAACGUUACUGGGAUGUCCCACAGCCCGCGGAAGACCGGCACACCAAAGCCCCCCAGCUGUGAGGUCUUCCUGGGAGAAUCGGACUCGCACUGGGAAACCUCCUCCCACAAGCCGGAUCCCACCCACAAUUCCGAGACCAGGGAGGCGCCCAUCGUCCAAAGCCAGAAUCCUCCCAGGAAUGAGUUCUGCAACAAAGCAGUCUCCUUCAUUGAGGAGCUAUCGUCCAUCUUCAGGACCGUCCGUCCUCGCCACUCGUCCCAGCAGAAGAACAAGACCAACGAGGGGGACAGCUCGUCCCCGGACAGCGGCUACCUCUCGCCGAAGAGCCACAGUAAAAUCGCUGGGGAAACAGGAGCCGCGGGGUCCAGUCUGCGUCCGGCGCUCGACUCGGAGUCCGGCGUCAAGAGCUGCUCGGCGGAGCAAGAACAUGAUGCCGAGGACAAGACGGCAGAAGGAGAUCUGCCCGGCACUGCUGGAUCAGCCCCCAGAUUUACCCAGAAGUUGAGGAGUCAGGAAGUCACUGAAGGAAGCACGGUGCGACUGGAGUGUAGAGUCUUGGGGAACCCUCAACCUCUGGUCAGAUGGUUCUGUGAGGGGAGGAAGUUGGAGAACACACCUGACAUCCAGAUAUUCCAGGAUGGCGAUCUCUGUACGUUAGCUAUUGCGGAGGCCUUCGAGGACGAUACGGGUCGAUACGCCUGUACGACCACCAACUGCUUUGGAACUGACAGUACGUCUGCUGAGAUUUACGUCGAAGGUGCAUCAUCCACGGAUUCCGAGGGCGAGGGAGAGAUGUUUCACUCACAACCGGGCGGCACGCCGCAGUCCCAAAAGAAGACAACCUCAGUGUCCUUGACGAUAGGAUCCCCUCACUCAAAGAAGACAGCGGGUGGUCCUGAUGUCCAACAGGUCCGCUCUACUCUGGUCCAAUCCAUUUCCAUCCCGGCUCCCCAGAUCCAGAGUCCCCCACCGUGUUUACCGGUCCAGGAUGGAGUUUCCUCUCCUGUUUUUACAAAGGUCCUACAAGACAUCAAUGCAUCAGACGGUCAGGUCGUGGUUCUGGAAUGUCGGGUGAAAGGCUCACCUCCUCUUAAAGUCCAAUGGCAGAGGCAAGGAACAGAAAUCGAAGACUCGCCAGAUUUCCGAAUCCUUCAGAAAAAGCCUCGGACAACGCUCGAUCCCGCCGAAGAGAUCUGCACCCUCAUGAUUGCGGAAACCUUUGCGGAAGAUGCUGGAACAUUUACUUGCAUAGUCACCAAUCCCUUUGGCUCUGUGUCCUGCAGUGCUGACCUCACGCUGUGUCCAGGAAUUGAUGUUUCCUCAAAUAAUGGAAAUGGCGUCAUGAACCAUCUCAGCCCAUCUCCUCAGACUGAAAUUAGUUCUCUGGAACUGCCUCCCAAGAGGAUAGUGGACCCUGUCCAAGUGAACAGCCUUGAGAUCAAACCAAGCGUGGCUGCCUUCCAUCUGGAGCUGAACUCAGCCGACCAUAAGCACAACGGCACAUCAUCCAGGCAAGAGCUCAACGGACCAAGCUAUGGACAUCCCACGCAGCCCAUCGUCCCACUACUCUCACCCAUAAAGGAACCGCCACCCCUCGCUGUCAAGCCCAAGCUUGAUCCACUGAGACUACAGCAACUGCAGAACCAAGUGUUGCUGGAACAACAAGCAGGAAAACAAGGCCAGCAGUCGCUCGAGCUCUUGCUGUCCUCUCCAACCUCCGCCCAGCCACCCCCUGCCCCCAUGAGUGUGCUCAACCCUCACACUCCACCAGCCAUGCAGCAAACAACAACCUUCAAUUACGCUCGGCCCAAGCAGUUCAUUGCCGCUCAAAGCCUCUCAUCUUCUGCCGGGUAUCUGUCUCCUUCUGGGUCUUCGGGUUCUAACCUGUCCUCACCCCUCUCUCCCCCCGCUACUCACAGACCCUUUAACCGGGUGGUCUUGCCUCUCUCCCAGGGGGAGGGCGAUCAGCGACGCUCCGGCUCCGGCUCCGGCUCCGGCUCUCCCUGGGGCCCUUCGUCGCCCUCCCCGCCGCUUCCCCCGCCGCCCCCCAUCCAAAGCCCCUCCGCUUUCUACCCGCUGGACUCCUACCCUCUGCCUCCCCCGCCUCCACCGCUCCUAGCCUCCCCGUUGCAGCCCCACUACCUCUCACCCUCCGCCGGCAGGGCCUCCCCCCACUCCGGCCAGUCGCCUGCGGCUUUCCUCAGCUCCAUGUUGCCAUCAAAGCCGGCCGUGUUGCCCGUCAACGCUCUGGGCCUGCCUAAAGGAGCCAUGCCAAUAACCCCGCAAAGCCUGAAGAGAAACAGCAGAACUCCUCGCCUGGCCACGGACGAAGAAAUCCAGGGAACAAAGGAUGCGGUCAUUCAGGAUCUGGAGAGGAAACUACGCUUCAAAGAUGAGCGCGUCAGCAAUGGGCAGAGACUGACCUAUGAAGAAAAGAUGGCCCGGAGGCUUCUCGGAGCCGACAAUGCCGCCACGGUGUUCAACUUUCAGGAGGCCGAGGAAGACCAAGGGGCCCAGCAGGACUACAAAGUCUCCUCCUUUGAGCAGAGGCUGAUCAGCGAAAUCGAGUUCCGUCUGGAGCGCUCCAAUACUGACGAGUCGGAUGACGAGGUCUUCCAUGACGAGCUGCCUCCGCAGUGCUCGGCGCCGACCUUAGAGAAGAAGCUGAAGCACAUCAAGCUGUUCGAGGGCAAUCCCUUCACCUUCACCUGCAAAGUCAGCGGGCAGCCCAUGCCUAAGGUUUACUGGUUCAAAGACGGCAAUCAAAUUUCCAAGCGUAGCGAGCAUUACCAGAUUGGCCGCGAGCCAGACGGGACCUGCUCCCUCCACACCAAAGCUGCCACGUUGGAUGAUGACGGAAAUUACACCAUCAUGUUGGCUAACCCACAGGGUAGGAUAAGUUGUACGGGAAGGCUGAUGGUCCAAACCGUGAGCCAGAGAGGACGUUCCCCUCGCUCUCCUGCCGGACAAUCACCAGGGAGAAGACCUCGAUCUCGCUCCAGGGAUAGCGGAGAGGAAGCAGAAUCCAUCCAGGAGCGUUUCUUCCGACCUCACUUCCUGCAGGCUCCGGGAGACAUGGUCAUUCAGGAGGGGAAGCUCUGCAGAAUGGACUGCAAGGUAAGUGGGCUUCCGACUCCUGACCUGAUCUGGCAGCUGAACGGGAACCAGAUCUGUCCCGACAGCAGCCACAAGAUGCUGGUGCGUGAGAACGGCGUGCACUCCCUGGUCAUCGAGCCCGCCACUGCCAGAGACGCCGGCAUGUACACUUGUAUCGCCACCAACCGAGCCGGCCAGAACUCCUUCAAUCUCGAGCUGGUGGUCGCAGCCAAAGAGAUGGUCAGAGCGCCGACAUUUAUAGAGAAGCUUCAAAACACUGGGGUGGCAGAAGGACAUCCCAUAAGGGUAGAGUGCCGAGUUGCUGGAGUGCCUUACCCACAGAUCUUCUGGAAGAAAGACAACGAAUCUCUGACCCAGAACACUGAGCGAGUGAGCAUGCACCACGACAACAGGGGUUACCUCUGCCUGUUAAUCCAACCAACCACGAAGGAGGAUGCUGCCUGGUACACUGUCUCUGCGAAGAAUGAGGCUGGGAUAAUAUCGUGUACAGCUAAGCUGGAUGUCUAUUCUCCUCAAUGGCACCAGACGCCAGUUUCGAAGCCGAAGAAAGUGAGACCUUCUGCCAGUCGCUACGCGGUGUUGACCGAUCAAGGGCUGGACAUCAAGUCGGCCUUCCUGCCCGAAGCCAACCCUAUCCACCUCGCCACUCAAACCAGCCUGGUGGAGAGCGACGACCUGUAGAUGAACUCUCGGAGAAAGCAAGAAGGGGUGUUGGGAUUACACAGCAGCAGCACGAGAGAGAGGGAGAGAGAGAGAGGGGUGGGGAGGGAAGCAAAACCACCUCUCGGGACAAACGACCAAACCCCUGGCCGUCAUUUCCUAAAGUCAGGACGCACCGAGAAAACCUUUUAUCUUUCAAUUUCAUACAAACAGCAAGAGACCACGGCGAAUUAUCAGACUAUCAACUGUCGGGGGAGAAGGUUUUGCUGAUCGGACGAGGGUUGGAUUUGGCACGUACACCCAUUUGUCGCCCAUGCCUCACCUUGCACGGCUAAAUUGUGUCCUAAGCAUUUUGCUCCACAGUGGCUAUGAGUUAUUAUUAGUGGUUAUGUGCACAUUAGUAAAAAUGAUAUUAAAAUACACAUAAUUAUUGUA